CAAGGCAAAAUUUCAAAGAAAGGUUAGAAAGCCAUUGAGAACAAUGGACCUGGGCUUGAUUUCACAAAUCCUAAACAUGGCUAUCAUGUCACCGACGAAGCAGGAUGCACUGUUGGAAGAGAUGUGCACUAUGCAUCUCACAACGAAGAGGUUCGAAAGGGCAUGGAAGGAGGCAACCGAACCAAUAAGAGCCACACAACCCAUGAAAGAACUAUAUAUGGGUUUCUCCAUACUAGUUCAGGGGUUGAGAAAGGCCGGGUUAAUCCCAAAGGAGGAGCAUAGGGUACAUGCUGGAGCUAGUGCAUCACCAGAGGGGUUGGAGGCAAAAAAUAAUGUUAUCCGGCCUUUACUUAGGGUUGAGGUUGGAGUUUGGGGAAGAAGAACAUUGUUGGUUGCUUUACUAGUUGACUCUGCAAUUGGACAUUAUGGGUACCGAUCAUGGAGGCCAGUCGAGGAAGAAUCGUUGGAACUGGUGGAGCGCCUAAAAAAUUGGAAGGUCCACCAACAAUGGAGAAAAGCAAAGGACAGUGAUGGACGCAGAACCCAUCCUCCAUUCGAUUGUCCUCUGGAAUGCAAGAGGUGCAAUGAGGCCAACCUUUUGGGACAUGGUGUAGAUACUGCACAAGAGAACAACACCUGAUAUGGUGAUGAUAUUUAAUACAAGGGUUGUAGAGAACUGAAUCAUUCUAGUCGGGAAGGAUCAAGUAGAAUUUGAUGGGGACUUUACUGCACCUACAACUAACAACACGGGGGAGUGGUGUGUUUAUGUGAUAAAAGCAGGCUUAAUGUUGCUUGUGUUUUUGUGGGAUCAGAAGAAAUUGUAUACAUAUCC